AUGGCUACUUCCUGUGAAUCGACCGUUUUGAAACCUGAUGGGAAGUUAAAUUCACAUGUGAAAAUUCCAAUAGCCCAUCCAAGGUCUUCAUCGACUAUCAGAUUCGACCCUCCAAAGACCCAUGACAUGGUAAGAUCAUUGUUCGAUCCAACUUUGAAGAAGUCUUUCCUAGAAUGCUGUAUCACCGCUACCAUUAUCGGUAACGUUAUUCUUUGCUACUAUGCUUAUCAGCAUCUCGGUGCUAAUACCACGAAAAUUAUCUUCUUGAGUCAGUACAUAUUUUGGAGAUUGUCCUACAACUUGGGUAUCGGUAUAGUAUUGCAUUACCAAUCCCAUUAUGAAUCUUUGACAAAUUUCGCCAAGAAACAUACUUUGUUUGAUAAAAAGGCGAACAACCUUUUGUCAAGAUUUGUUAAGUUCGAGAUCAGUGCAAAAUACCAAAAAGGCGACUCUUUGUACCGUUACCCAGAAGAAUGGAACACUUGGCUCUUGUUCAGACAGUUUGUCGAUUUAAUCUUAAUGCAAGAUUUUACCACUUACAUGCUUUACGUUGUGAUUUCUUUACCUCAUAACGAUAUUCUCAACAAUAUCACUAGCUUCAAUUCUAUUGGUAUCAGAGUUUGGCUCGGUGUUUUAAUGGUCCUUUUCAAUAUUUGGGUCAAAAUCGACGCACAUUCAGUGGUUAAAGAUUAUGCUUGGUACUGGGGUGAUUUCUUCUUUUUGCAAGACGCAAACCUUGUCUUUGAUGGUGUUUUCAACGUUUUCCCACAUCCCAUGUAUUCUAUCGGUUACAUUGGCUACUAUGGGUUGAGUUUAAUCUCCGGCGAUCAUCAUGUUCUUUUCGUUUCCAUUCUUGGUCACUGUUUGCAAUUCUUGUUUUUGAAGUAUGUGGAAACUCCUCAUAUCGAACGCAUCUAUGGAUCUGAUUCAUCCGACGAAGAGGAAUCAAUUGAUGAUAAGAUGGUCAAACAAUUAGAUAACUAUUCCAAGCCAUUAGUCACAACAUUCUUGGGUUUCAAAAACUUUGACAAGUUUAAACCAACUGAUUAUAUCACUUUAAUCACCGUGGCAUCAAUUGUUAUUGGGUGCACAAUUUUAAACCCAAGCUUUGUCACUUUAUCCAAAAUUGCGUUGACCACUAAGAUUGUGUCAUCUGUUAUCAAUAUGACUAUAUUAUACAAGCAAUCGAAUAGCAAAUGGUUCACCUCAUUAUACUUGAAGAAUGGAUACAAUGAAAUUUAUGCUUAUCAAAUGUGGCAGUUUAUCUACAAUUUACACAGCACUAUCAAUUAUAUUCUUUUGGUAUUGCAAUGCUACUACCAUUUUGUCAAAUGUGACUCAGGUAGUUACAAUACAAUAACCUUUGGGUUGUUGUUGUUGGCUAUUCAAAUUUGGUGCAACACUGAGAUCUUCCAUAGUAUUAAAGAAUUUGGCUGGUUUUAUGGUGAUUUCUUCCUACCUAAUUUAAUUGACAAAAGGAAAUUGAAGAACGAUGGUAUUUAUAGAUACUUGAAUAAUCCUGAGCGUGUGUUUGGUGUUGCAGGUAUCUGGGGGACCGUCUUAAUUAACAAUUUUUCAAAUUGGAAUCUCUGGUUAGCCACUACAUGGACGAUGUUCAAUUGGUUCACUGUUAAAUUCAUCGAAACACCACAUUUGUUAAAGGUUUAUGGAACCAAACCAACAUCUAGUGGUUUCGAAAAGACUUUGACCAAGUACAAAUUUGGUAAGGAUUUCAAGAGUUUAAUCGAUAAAGUUGAUCAAUUGCUCGAUGAUUAUUUAUUCACUAGUCUAGUGCCAAAACAAAGCGUUGCUGAAGCAGAUCGUGAGGGAGAUUGGGAAUCGAUUAUCAAUAUGCUUUUGAUUAGAGAGCAAACGGUGAAAAAUUUGCAAGGCACCGGCCACUUUAACUUGGAUAUCGUCAACAUCAAUGACGAAAAUACGAUUCGGAUUCCAGAAGAAAUCGAAAUCAAAUGGGCCGUUACCAAUGAAGCUUUCCACAAAGAUGACUGGAUUGGACUUUACAAAGUCGUUGAAACUGGUGAAGAUAGAUUAACUACAAAGAUACCAUCUCAAGGACAUUGGUCGGCGGUAUCUUCGAGCUCUUCAUAUUCUGAAGAUCAUCAGAAGAUUUUGCAUUUCGAUUCAAAUGACCAUUUCACUUAUGGAUCUAUAAAAUUCGAUAAGAGUAUCCUUUGCUUUGAAGAAGGUAUUUAUGAAUUUAGAUACCACAGUGCUAACAGUCACGAUGUUGUUAUGAUCUCGAAACCUUUCAAGUUAUUAUUCCCUCAAUUUAAAGAAACUGUAAAAGACGUGGACCAAUUAAUUGCUACCACGAAGCAGUUCUUGAAACAAUGUGGUGUUCUAAUCAAUGAUAAUAAAUUUGAUUUGAAUAGGAACAAAUAUUUCACUGGGAAAACAUUACAAAACUGGUAUAAGUCUACUAUGGACACCGAUGUUUCCGUUGUUUACAUGAAACGUACCAAUUUUGAUAUCGAUAUUAUCACCAAAAAAGUAUGGCAAAUCAAGCAAGUGUUAGAUAACUUGGAAUAA